UGAAAGGAGGGCAAGGAAAAGAGCCGUCACGUGAUCCCGCCGAGCCGCUCUGCUGAGUGGGGAGGGGGUGGCAGGCUGGGUAUGUCCGUCGCCGGCGAGGGCGGCGUGUGAGAUGCUGGCGGGGCCUUGGUAGGGCCGGGGAGAGCGGGCGACGGGACUCCCUCCCUAGGUAACUCUCAGUGGGUUCUUCUUGCCGCUGGCCAUGGCAUCUCAGCGGCAACCUUACGUGGAUACAGCCCCAAUCCUGACCCAGGCAGAUGACACAGAGGAAGAGGGAAAGGAUGGUCUGCAAACUGGGCAUGAAGGGGAAGAAGAGGUACAGACCCUCACGGGCAUCUCCUCUACACGGGCUGGCUUCAUUGUGGGAGUUCUCUGCUUUGUUAACCUACUGAACUACAUGGACCGCUUCACUGUGGCUGGCGUUCUUCCUGACAUUGAGGCAUUUUUUAACAUUGAUGAUAGCAAAUCAGGGCUCCUACAAACAGUUUUUAUUAGUAGCUAUAUGGUGCUUGCACCAAUUUUCGGUUACCUGGGGGAUCGCUAUAAUCGCAAAUACCUGAUGUGCAUUGGGAUCACCUUCUGGUCAAUAGUGACGCUGGGGAGCAGCUACAUUCCCAAGGAGAUGUUCUGGCUGUUGCUGCUGACACGAGGCAUGGUGGGUGUAGGAGAGGCCAGCUACUCAACUAUUGCCCCCACCAUUAUUGCUGAUCUGUUUGUGGGUGACCGCCGAUCCCGCAUGCUCAGCAUCUUCUACUUCGCCAUACCUGUGGGCAGUGGACUGGGCUACAUAGUGGGUUCAAAGGUGAAAGAUGUGGCUGACGACUGGCAUUGGGCCCUGCGGGUGACACCAGCCCUGGGAGCGUUGGCGGUGAUACUGUUGAUAACUGUGGUGCGUGAGCCGCCUCGGGGAACUGUGGAGACGCACUCAGAUGCCCCUCUGCAGUAUACUUCCUGGGCAGCUGACCUGCGGGCCCUGAGCCGCAAUCGCAGUUUCAUAUUGUCAUCACUAGGCUUCACAGCUGUGGCCUUUGUGACAGGCUCCCUGGCUCUGUGGACACCAACUUUCCUGUACCGCUCACGCCUGGCAGCUGGCACUCUCCUGCCUUCUCCCUCAGGACAUGCUUCUGACUCUGAUAGCCUCACCUUUGGCGUCAUCACUUGUGUGACUGGUGUGCUGGGUGUCAGUGCUGGGGUGGAGAUUUCCCGGCGCUGGCGCCGCACCAACCCUCGUGCUGAUCCCCUGGUGUGUGCAACUGGACUGCUGGGCUCUGUCCCCUUCCUGUUCCUAGCAGUGGUGACCGCUAAGCAGAGCAUCGUUGCCACCUACGUAUUUAUCUUCAUUGGUGAGACCCUCCUCUCCCUCAACUGGGCCAUAGUGGCGGACAUCCUUCUGUAUGUUGUCAUCCCCACACGCCGAUCCACAGCUGAAGCUUUUCAGAUCCUGCUGUCGCAUCUUCUGGGUGAUGCUGGGAGUCCUUAUCUCAUUGGCCUGAUCAGUGACCGAAUCCAAUAUGAUCGCCCCCAAACAUUCCUGUCGCAGUUCCGAAGCCUAGAAUAUGCGCUCAUGGUCUGUGCCUUUGUUGGGGUUAUUGGUGGCGGCUUCUUCCUGGCUACGGCUUGCUUCAUCCAGGCAGACCGUAAGCGCACAGAGCUGUAUGUACAAGGGCAAUUUCACGAGUCACCUGAAGGCGAAGAUCGCAUUGUUGUUCCUCAGGGUGGGCGACCCACCAAAGUCCCUGUUUCUAGUGUCCUGAUCUGAAGCCUGUCCCACUUGGUUCCUCCAAUCUGGGAAAGAAUGAUGGACUUGUGAUCUGCUGCGCAUGGCACUCACAGGGAGAUGGACUCUUUGAAUGGACCCAGGCGGGUGAUUUUGUGGGCGACAGGGGAAGAUCAGUUUUUUGUGUCUGUGUUUCUGGGAUUUUUAUAAAGCACUAACUUUAUUAAGAGUUGUGGUGUUUUUCAGAUGAACAGGAUGAAACAAUGAAACCCUUCCCCCAUCUCUGCCUGCUACUUUGAAUGGCUUCAAUGGUUUUUCAAGGGUUCCCAGAGGCCCUUUCAAUGGCGUUCUCAAUAUAUGUGAUUUCACUUACAUUAUGGUGCCUCAACACGUAACCCCUCAUAUAUGCGGAGUUUCCUGUAUGUCACAAGACGUCUAGGAGAAGGCUUUGGUCUGUAAAGUAAGGGGUAAACGGGGGCAUAUUAGCUGUGGCAGCAGGAGAGUUUUCAAAAGCUUUUAUGCAGGGAAAAAGAACUAGAAAUGGCUCUAAAUAAGCUUUUAAUAAAUGUUAGGGAAGAAAUCAGAAAAUGUUUUUUUUAUCAAGAAACCUCUGCUUUAGUAGUAUUGACUACAUCUUACUGACUUCAGAACAGAGUUGGUCAUGAGGGAUACUUUUAAAAAUAAAAAAAAAUCCUGAAGCCUCUGUUUUGGCCUAUUUGGUGGCCAAAAGGUUCUUGCCUGUUAAGAUUGUGUUGUCUUCCUUUGAAGCAUCAAGAACAUGUGCAAUCAGAAAUUGGGUGUAGUCAAAAGUUUCUUUUUGAGAUCCAGAGGAUAAGGUGCCUUGUUUUCUGUGUGUUUUUGCUUCUGACUUUUUAAAUGCUUACUGAACAUUGGAGCCCAUCUCAGCUAAGGAAGUAGUGCAGUGAGGUGGUGUCACACAUUUGGUGGAUGAAGGCUGGCUGUUCUGCACAUGCAUGCCAUCACUUGAUGGCUGUCCUUUGAGGCAGGGGGGCAUGCAUUUGUGAAAUCUGCCUAAUUGCAAGGUUGGAAGGCAUUUUUGGGGACCCUGUAGCCAUCUGACUUGCACCCCUUCAUAAGUGGUUUGGCUCACGUGCUUGAUUCAUCAAGUGAAGCUGCAUUGCGCUGCAGUGACCUUCAUGUGAUACAACUUAUCCUGAAAUUAUUUCUUCUGUUUUCAGAUUGUGGCGCACCGGAAUGUUAAACCAGGUGUCUUCUGUAGAGACAUUCCAGUGGAAUAGCUGGGUUGUUGCUCUUUGCUGCAACAGAUUCAGGGCCCAAACUAGAAGGGCCUAUGUGAGAUAGAUAGAUAGAUCUGUCAGCUGAGGAUAACAUGCCAUGCAACUAAGGAAGUGAGCUCUGGCCCAUGAAGCUUUAUGCUACAAUAAACAUACUGGUUUUUGAGGUUCUUGCAUUCAGAUCAAAA